UUCAAACAGUUACGCGCGAGGAGCAGAGCUAACGCUAGCGAGCUGUCGGUUUUGUCCCUUUGAAUGCGAUGUCCGCUGAAUAAAACACAGCUUCAAAAUGAUGGAGUCUUGUUUUGGGGAGAAGCCGGAGAGAGAGGGGCCGGUGGUCGUGGACGACAUCAAGAGAGACCUCCUGGAGGAGUUCAAUGCUCUGCCUGCACAGGUGUUUGACCCCGAGGCGAGUCAGAGGAAGGUGUUCGAGGGCUCGGUCCGAGGUCUGGUGCGGGACGUUCUGAUUGGAGGAAACUGUCUGGUCUUCACCUACGGAGUCACCAACGCUGGGAAGACCUUCACCUUCCUGGGUCAGGAGCACGACUCAGGUCUGCUGCCUCGCUCUCUGUCUGUGAUCUUCAACAGCAUCGAGGGGCGGGUCUACCCCCGCAGCGACCUGAAGCCUCAGCGCUGCAGAGACUUCACCCGCCUGACGACCGAGCAGCAGGCGGCCGAGAGCAGCAGCAAGAGGAGCCUGCUGAGGCUGCUCAAAAGAGGGAGGAACAGGAGUCAGACGUCUGGAAGAUCAACUUUCCUCGAUGGCUCCUCUCUCAGCACAGACAGCAGCGUCUCUGAGGACAGCUUCUGUCUCGACGUGGACUCCAACGUCAGGUUCUCCGUCUGGGUCUCUUUCUGCGAAAUCUACAACGACAACAUCCACGACCUGCUGGAACAGGUCCCCAGCGGACAGCAGAGGAGGACGGUGCUGCGCCUCUCCCAGGACGUCAAGGGGAACUCCUUCAUCAAAGACCUGCGCUGGGUGCAGGCGAGCAGCUCCGAGGAGGCGUACAGAGUGAUGAAGAUCGGGAGGAAGAACCAGAGUUGCUCCUCCACGCGCCUCAACAGUCUGUCCAGCAGGAGCCACAGCAUCUUCUCCAUCAGAAUCCUGCGCAUCGAAGACGCCGGCGUUCCCAGAAUCCUCGGGAUCAGCGAGCUGUCUCUGUGUGACCUGGCCGGCUCUGAGCGUUGCUCCCGGACUCAGAACAGCGGGGAGCGUCUGAAGGGCGGAAACAUCAACACCUCUCUGCUCACGCUGGGGAAAUGCAUCAGCGCCAUGAGGGUCAACCAGCACGCCAAGAUCCAGCACCACGUUCCCUUCAGGGAGUCGAAGCUGACUCACUUCCUGCAGUUCUUCUUCUGUGGUGCCGGACGCGUCUCCAUGGUGGUGAACAUCAGCAGGAACUCUGCGUGUUUCGACGAGACGCUGAACGUCCUCCAAGUUCUCCGCUCUCGCCCAAAGGUGGUGCUGCUGAGCUCCAGGCCGCUGCCGGUGGACGGCGCCCCCCACAGGUCGGCUCUGGAAGUGUCUCUGAUCAUGGAUGAGGCGGAGCAGCGCAGGACGAAGAGGAAGAGCUCAAUGGUGGCCUGGGAGACGAGUCUGGAGGACGUGAUGGAGGACGGGGGAGAGGAGGAAGACGAGGAGGAAGAAGAAGAGGAGGAAGAGGAGGAGAGUCCCAUGGAGGGAACCGUGCUGGAGGCCGAAGACGAGGAAGAGGAGGAGAGUCCCAUGGAGGGAACCGUGCUGGAGGCCGAAGCAGAGGAAGAGGAGGGGGGCGGGACCAUAUUCUAUUCCAAUGGUGACAGCGAGGCGGCGCUGCGUUUCCUCCUCGAGGCUCGGAUCAGAGAGGAGGUCAGCUCUGAGUUCAUGGAGCUCUAUAACACGAUGAAGAAGGACUACAGCGAGCGACUGGAGAAGGAAAAGGAGCUGCUGGAGGAGCGAGCGGACAAGAGGGUGGAGAUCCUGAAGAAGCUCGUCAGUAAACCGUCAGCGCCGACAAAAGAGAGCUCUGAUGAUGCUCUGAAUGUUCCUCAGAGCUCUGAUGGUGUUCUGAAUGUUCCUCAGAGCUCUGAUGAUGCUCUGAAUGUUCCUCAGAGCUCUGAUGAGAGCUCUGAUGAUGCUCUGAAUGUUCCUCAGAGCUCUGAUGAUGCUCUGAAUGUUCCUCAGAGCUCUGAUGAUGCUCUGAAUGUUCCUCAGAGCUCUGAUGAGAGCUCUGAUGAUGCUCUGAAUGUUCCUCAGAGCUCUGAUGAUGCUCUGAAUGUUCCUCAGAGCUCUGAUGGUGUUCUGAAUGUUCCUCAGAGCUCUGAUGAUGCUCUGAAUGUUCCUCAGAGCUCUGAUGAUGCUCUGAAUAGAGCUCUGAUGGUGGAGGAGGAGCAGAGGAGGAAACGCCAGCGAGAGGAAGAGGAGGAGGGGGAACCAGCGAAGAAGAGAGUGCUGGAGGAGGAGAUCUGGCGGCUCCAAGAGGAGAACGAGAGACAAGAGGAAACCAUCAGGGAGCUGAGAGAGAGGAGGAGAGGGAGGGAGGAGGAGGAGGAGCUGAAGAGGAGGGAGGAGGAGCUGCAGGAGAUGAAGAAGGAGCAGAUCCUCCUGCAGCAGAAGGUUGCAGGAAGCUCCACAGACCUGGACUCAUGUGCUAACUGUGACUCGGUGUUCUUCUCCCUGGAGGCGGAGCAGAGAGAGAGCGGCCGACUGAAGAAGGAAAACAAAGCUCUGAUCAACGGCAUCUUCAACCUGCAGACGGAGGUGACCAGUCUCCAGACCAAGCUCAAGGAGCAGACUGACAGCCAAUCAGAGGAGCUCAACACUGCAAAGGCCCGCCUCCAGGACCUGGAGAGCCAAUCAGAGGAGCUCAACACUGCAAAGGCCUGCCUCCAGGACCUGGAGAGCCAAUCAGAGGAGCUCAACACUGCAAAGGCCCGCCUCCAGGACCUGGAGAGCCAAUCAGAGGAGCUCAACACUGCAAAGGCCCGCCUCCAGGACCUGGAGAGCCAAUCAGAGGAGCUCAACACUGCAAAGGCCCGCCUCCGGGACCUGGAGAGCCAAUCAGAGGAGAAGGCGGUCAGCUACAACAGCCUGACGCAGGAAGUGGAACGUCUGAGACAGGAAGUCAAGGAGGAGGAGCCCAGCAGGAGGUUCCUCUCUGCGCUGCAGGAUCUGAAGGAGGAGGGUCAGGCGGCUCUGCAGAGAUCAGCAGAGAAAUCACAACUGAUCCAAGAUCUGCAAGAGGAGACGAGUCAGCUGCAGAGACGCCUGGACCACAGUGAGAACAGGUGUGCUGAGCUCAGCGAGGAGUUAUCCAAUCAGAGAGCAGCAUUCAGCCAGCAGCUGCAGGGCCUCAGGGCGGAGCUGGAGUCUGAGCGCGGAGCUCUGCGAGGGAGACUACAGGAGGAGGAGCAGGAGAGAGCAGAACUCCUCAGAGCGGCGCUGGAGAAGGAGAAGCUUCUGGAGGAGUGCCGUAGAGAGACGGAGACGCUCAGAAAAGAGCUGGAGCGACUGAAGGAGGAGCUGCAGAGCCGGGAGGAGGAGGAGGAGCUGCAGAGCCGGGAGGAGGAGGAGGAGGAGGAGGAGCUGCAGAGCCGGGAGGAGGAGGAGGAGGAGGAGGAGGAGGAGGAGAACAGGCAGGAGGUGAUGCCGGUGGUUCAGGAGCUGAAGGAGGAGCUGCAGAAGCUGAAGGAGAGGAGGGAGGAGAGGGAGGAGAAAGAGAGGAGGGAGAGGGAGGAGAGGGAGUUUGAUGCUGUGAGGAGAGAGGUGGAGAGACUGCAGAGACUGAAGGAGGAGAGAGGAGGCGCUCAGGACGUGUGUGUGUCUCCUCUGAGAUCCAACAUGAUCGACAGGAAGAAGACGACCGGGAGGAAGAGGAAGAGCUGCGAGAACCUGGUGUCCAGUGAAAACAAGAGGAACAGAGGAAACACCCGGACCAACAAACAGAGUUCUGCAGUGAAGGAGAAGUGUGACGGCGCUCUGCAGAAGAUCGGAGAUUUGAUCCACAGCUCUCCCUCCAUCCUGGGCAGCACAGCUAAGAGCAUCAUGGGGCUGGUGAGCGGUCACUCUGUGGAGAAAGAGGCGGUGCAGAGACCCAAACGAGGACGCAGGAAACUGUUCAAGAUGGACGCCACGCUGCAGGACUCCCCAGAUGCAAUGUCUGGAAGAGCGAAUGAGGAGAAGGAGAGCGAUCACCUGAUCAUCAAGAGACAGCUGCGCUCCAAGACCUGCAGGAAGUGACAUCAUCAUCAGCAGGAAGUGACAUCAUCAUCCUCAGGGAGUGACCUCAUCAUCCUCAGGGAGUGACCUCAUCAUCCUCAGGGAGUGACAUCAUCAUCCUCAGGGAGUGACAUCAUCAUCCUCAGGGAGUGACAUCAUCAUCGUGGGACUUCACCACAAUGUUUCGGCGGUAUUAAAAACUGCACAGAAAUGUUUUCUACUUUUAGUUUGCAGGGGUUUGAUUUUUUUUAAAUAAAGAUCAGAACAGAAAACUUUCCACUUUGUGAGAAACACAGAAAAAAAUGUGGUAUUUUCAAAAUAAAAGCCAUCUAUUAAUCAGAGAUUGAACUGUUAUAUUUGUUGUGUUUAGAUCGAGCAUGAAAAUAUAAAUCUGGUAUUUCUUGUAUAAUUUGUAUUUAAAACUACAGUGAUUUCUUUUAGCAUUUAUAUUUGUUAAUGUCUGUCGUGGUGGACGUUACUCGUGGACGUAACACACACACACACACACACGUGGUGGACGUAACACACACACAGCUGUCUGUCGUGGUGGACGUAACACACACACACACACACGUGGUGGACGUAACACACACGUGGUGGACGGACGUUUCAACUGUAGUCAAAAUAAAGAAUAUCAUUAUAAUUGAUUAGUGUUAAAUAUCACACACCAGGUAACUAACGGUUCAACAGAAUACUCUUUACCUGAGCGACUUUAAAACUGACUGUUUUCUGAUGUCUGUAAAUAUUUUAUAUAAAAAGCUCCUUGUUUUAAUAAGUGUUUUAAUGAGUCUUGAAUUCAUGAACCGGUUUGAACUUUUGUGGAUAAAUCAUUUUCAAUCAAUUCAGAAAUCAA